CUUUGCUUUACUACACAGCACCUUUGCGCGACAAACAACAAACAUGGCGGCUCGAACUCUAAGGAUAGGCCUCAUCCCAGGUGACGGCAUCGGCCGCGAAGUCAUCCCCGCCGGCAAACGCAUCCUCGAGUCCCUCCCUUCUUCCCUCGGCUUGAAAUUCUCCUUCGUCGAUCUGGACGCGGGCUUCGACUGCUUCAAGCGCACUGGCAGCGCCCUUCCCGACAAGACGGUCGAAACGCUACAGAAAGAAUGUGACGGAGCUCUGUUCGGUGCCGUCAGCUCGCCGACGACAAAAGUCGAAGGCUACACGUCCCCGAUCGUCGCUCUGCGCAAGAAACUCUCCCUAUACGCCAACGUGCGGCCUUGCAAGACCACGGCAUCUCCGGCCUUCUCCUCGCCCACCCCGCACCCUAUCGACUUGGUCAUCGUCCGCGAGAACACCGAGGACCUCUAUGUGAAGGAGGAGAAGACGUACCCAGACCCUAGUGGUGAGGGCCAGAUCGCGGAAGCAAUCAAGCGCAUCAGCUCCAAGGCGUCGUGGCGCAUCGCCAACAUCGCGGGCGAGAUUGCCUCGCGACGUCAAAAGAUGCGACAAUCGUCCGACGACAAGAAAGCCAUGGUCACAAUCACGCACAAAUCCAACGUCCUCAGCCAAACGGACGGUCUCUUCCGGAGCACGGCACGCGAAGCUCUCAGCCAGCCUCAGUUCUCCAGCCUCACGAUCGAAGAACAAAUCGUCGACAGCAUGGUGUACAAGCUCUUCCUCCAGCCGCAGUACUACGACGUCAUCGUCGCGCCGAACCUAUACGGCGACCUGCUCAGUGACGGCGCCGCCGCGCUCGUGGGCUCUUUGGGACUUGUGCCCAGUGCCAAUGUGGGCGAGGGCAUUGUCAUCGGUGAGCCAUGUCACGGGUCCGCGCCAGACAUCGAGGGCAAGGGCAUUGCCAACCCAAUCGCCACCAUUAGAAGUGUCGGUGUCAUGCUGGAGUUUUUGGAUCUGCCCGAGGCCGCGAAUGUCGUUUACAACGCCGUCGAUAAGAAUUUGGGCGAGGGACGGUUCGUGAGUCCGGAUCUCGGCGGCAAAGCGUCGACCGAGGAGGUGUUGCAGGAUAUUUUGAAGAAGUUGUAGAUGGUCACCGCCCGGUGUUUAGGGCUGACUCGUCAGAUGGAGCGGACAAAAUGGAAGAUGGACCCAUUAUGAAAGUUCAAGGUCAACCGCAACCUGGAGGAAAGGCCGCAGCUGGCUAGAUUGGCUGCAAACGGCCGGGAAAAAGGCAGAGAGCAAGAUACUCUGAUAUGUAGAACGGAUAGAAAAAGGUCCAUGUACAGUUUACCGCUCCAAAAUAAGAGCAAAGGCACAAUCGAUCAUGUUCU